AUGAUAACAGUCUCCGUUCACUCUCAAACACAUCGCAAACACGUUCAAGUUCUUGAAAGCAAUGAGAUUGCUUGAGUGAAUGGACAAUUUACCCGAUCAAACCGACUGCGAACCAAUAUCGAGAGGCUCGCUCAAAACCAACAAGUAUGCUUGUAAUUGGUGUUCUAAAGCUCCUUGCCACUUGGUUACCUUUCACUUGUGCCUUGAACAGAGUUGCUUUAACGGGGACUUCAAUAACAUUACCUUGCGAUGUGAACUCAUUGACCCAAGAAUACAAUUGGAUUCACAAUAACCACCUCAUCGAUUCACGCUUUCGACUUCCAAAUGGUCAAUUUUUUAAUGAUGGGACAAUUUCAAGGGAAAAUCUGCGUAUAAAAAUCUCAAAUGGAUGGCUUUCUCUGAGCCACGUGGAUCUUUCUGAUCAUGGUUCAUGGGUCUGCAUUCGAAAAGAUAGAUCCCUACGAAUUGAGGUCGAACAUUUCUUACAUGUACUUCCCUCCAACAACUUGAGUCUUGGACUGGAUGAAGUCGAACAUGGAUUUUUGGAUUGCUCUAGUUCUAACGCCUUGCCUAAUGACACCCUGAAGAUAGUGAAAAGUCCAUUUGCAAAUGGCACUUUGCCCACCAUGGAACUGACUUCUUGGUCAAAAACCGUCCAAUGGUCCUCUAACAAAAUUACAACCCGAUUUCAAUUGCCACAAAUGAGUGACUGGUAUGCAGACCAUUUUUUUGUUUGCAUACAAGAGCGUGAAGUCAAUAGGAGGCUGCAAACCGUGGCCUCGACCUUUACGACGUUCUCUGAGGUUAUCUCCAAGACUGAAAACGAGGGAAAAUCUCAAACAUCGAUGAUGGAAAACGAAAUACAAGCUCAAUCUAAGAUGCCAAACGCGUCCCAAGUGAAAAGAGCUUACGUGUUUGCACAUUACGAGCAUCAGGAUUGGAUUCACGGUCAAAAUCAAUCCAUCACUUGCAAAGCGAUCCUCGGGAAUCCGAAGGCCGAAUUAGCAGCUGUACUUUCGAAGGAUCCCCUCAUGGUGGACGUACUCCAAACCCUCACGUUGUCGACUCUUACUGAAAUCCCCCAACUUGGCAUAGGUUCAGCUCAGUUUGAAUAUUCUUCAAGUUACAGGGACGAGGGUUAUUUUGUGGCAUGUGUUGGCAUUCAGAGGCGGAACAACGAAGUCACUCAUGAAGCUAUUGAUUCGAUACGAAUUCUAGAUGUCAAGUUCCCACCCGAAAUCGUCUCAGGGUUCACAUCCCAAGUUAUCUACCCACAGGGUUUGACGGUAACUAUCAAGGGCAACCCACUUCCCACACUCAAAGAUGUCCACUUGAUACCGUGCGGAAAUCCUGAUUGCGAGCGUCAUUCCGAUACCCCCUUAAACAGGUUGGAAUUGCCACAAACGGAAUUGAUCAAUAUCGGAAAGCAUUCCUUGGAUAUCAAAAUCUCAUUUAAUCAUAAAGUUUACAAGCAACUCGAGGCGCUUACUUUGCUUGUUGAAAACGAAUUCGGAUCGGUGAACCAAACUAUUCGUUUGACCCAAGACCCAAGUGGAUCUGGCGUGUUGGGCGGAAUAAUCUCAGUCGUUGUGCUUUUGUCGAUUUUGCUCAUGCUGGCCUUUGUAUUGAGAGCGCUGGUGGAUCGGGAUCAAGAGGAAAAGAAGGCCAAAAAAAAAUGGAACCCUUUCAAGGACUGCUUGUGAAAAAUGGCGGCUUUCCUGAAGUGUCAAACUCAGAUGUGAUUCAAAUGGCCUCUGAGAAAGAUUGAUUUCUACUUUUUUGAAAAAAACUCUUUUUAUCCAUAUUCUCAUAAAA